AUGUCACUGCACGGGAUUUUGCACAGUGUCUUCAAUCAAGAUGGCUGUGAUAGCCUCUACGUAAGCAAAUUGAUAAGUUCUGAAAACCAGGAUAUGAAUCUAAAUCCUCCAAAUCAGACUAUGGUUGCCUACUUUAUUAUUCAAGGGAUAUCAAAUGUACCAGAGCUCCAACUUCCAAUAUUCCUCCUGGUUCUCUUGAUUUAUCUUGUAAGUCUUGGUGGUAACAUGACCAUUCUCCUAUUAGUAUGUUUUGAUCAUCACCUCCACACUCCAAUGUACUUCUUCUUGGCCAACUUGUCCAUUGUCGACAUGUCUUCAUCUACUAUCACUCUACAUAAGGUUCUCCUUACCUUCAUCUCCGGGUAUGAUGCCGUUCCCUUCUAUGGUUGUAUCACCCAAAUGUACCUCUUUGCUUCCAUUACGGGUCAUGAACUUUUUAUCCUGGCAGUGAUGAGUUAUGACCGGUAUGUAGCCAUCUGUAACCCUUUACGCUAUCACUCAGUCAUGACCAGUGGAGUUUGUGUUCUUUUGGCCUCUUGUUGUUGGGUGUUGGGUUUCUUGCUGAUCAUCCCUCCAGUUGUUAUUGUAUCUGGCUUUACCUGUUAUACAUCCAACUGCAUUGAUCACUUUUUCUGUGACAUGGUGUCCCUUGUCAAGUUGACCUGCAGUGACACUUCAAUAUUGGAGAUCCUGAUACUCACUGAAGGACUGAUUAUUUCAACCCUCUUACCUUUAAUUUUGACUUGUAUACCCUAUGGCUUCAUCUUUUCAACCAUAAUUAAGAUCCCUACCAGUACUGGGAGACGAAAGGCCUUCUACACCUGCUCAUCACAUCUGACAGUGGUGACAAUCCUCUACGUCAUCCUGACCUGUCAGUACAUAUUACCAACCAAGGUGAACACUGCAGAUAAAAAGUUUUUCUCACUUUUUAACACAGCUGCUGUUCCAAUACUGAAUCCACUGAUCUACAGCCUAAAAAACAAAGAUGUGAAGUUGGCCCUGAGAAGAUCAUUUGUGAGGAGCCGAAUCUAG